CCAGCGCACGCGCUCUCCCAGCAUGCAGUGGGCGCGCGGCCGGCGGGCACCUCAGUCUGGUCCGCGGCGGCUGCUGAGUACAGCGGGGUGGGUGGCUGCAGCGGCCGGAGGCCGACCAGGUGGAGAGAGGCGCCGCCAGUGCACAACCGCCCGCCAUGAAGCCCCCCGCAGCCUGUGCCGGAGACGCCCUGGCCACGGCGGCCCCGUGCCCCGUGGUGAACUACCUGCGCUGGGACCUGAGCGCCCAGCAGAUAGCGGAGCUCACGACGGAGCUCAUCGAGCAGACGAAGCGCGUGUACGACCGGGUGGGCUCCCUAGCCUUCGAGGACGUGUCCUACGAGAGCACGCUCAAGGCACUGGCGGACGUGGAGGUGUCCUACACCGUCCAGAGGAACGUCCUCGACUUCCCCCAGCACGUUUCCCCGUCCAAGGACAUCCGGACGGCCAGCACGGAGGCAGACAAGAAACUGUCCGAGUUUGACGUGGAGAUGAGCAUGCGGCAGGACGUGUACCAGAGGGUCGUCUGGCUGCAGGAAAAGGUUCAGAAGGAGUCGCUGAGGCCAGAGGCGUUGCGGUAUCUGGAGCGACUGAUCAAGCUGGGCCGGAGGAACGGGCUGCACCUGCCUGGGGAGACGCAGGAAAAAAUCAAAAGCAUCAAGAAGAAGCUGAGCCUUCUGUGCAUCGACUUCAAUAAGAACCUGAACGAGGACACGACCUUCCUGCCCUUCACACGGGGCGAGCUGGGAGGGCUCCCCGAGGACUUUCUGAACUCGCUGGAAAAGAUGGAGGAUGACAAGUUGAAAGUCACCCUCAAGUACCCGCAUUACUUCCCACUCCUGAAGAAAUGCCACGUGCCCGAGACCAGGAGGAAGGUGGAGGAGGCCUUCAACUGUCGCUGCAGGGAGGAGAACUGUGCCAUCCUCAGAGAGCUGGUGGCCCUCCGGGCCCAGAAGUCCAGCCUGCUGGGAUUCAGCACGCACGCCGACUACGUCCUGGAGAUGAACAUGGCUAAGACCAGCCAGGUGGUGGCGACUUUCCUAGACGAGCUGGCCCAGAAGCUGAAGCCCCUGGGGGAGCAGGAGCGGGCGGUGAUCCUGGAGCUGAAGAAGGCCGAGUGCGAGCAGCGGGGCCUGGAGUUCGACGGGCGGAUCAACGCCUGGGACAUGCGCUACUACAUGAACCAGGUGGAGGAGACGCGCUACAGCGUGGACCAGAACCUGCUGAAGGAGUACUUCCCCAUGCAGGUGGUCACCCGGGGGCUGCUCGGCAUCUACCAGGAGCUGCUGGGGCUGGUCUUCGAGCGGGAGGAGAGCGCCACCGUGUGGCACGAGGACGUGACGCUGUACUCCGUGAGGGACUCGGCCUCGGGCCAGGUCAUCGGGAAGUUCUACCUGGACCUGUACCCACGGGAAGGGAAGUACGGGCACGCAGCCUGCUUCGGCCUGCAGCCCGGCUGCCUGCGGGAGGACGGGAGCCGCCAGAUCGCCAUCGCGGCCAUGGUGGCCAACUUCACCAAGCCCACCGUGGACGCCCCCUCGCUGCUGCAGCACGAUGAGGUGGAGACCUACUUCCACGAGUUCGGGCACGUGAUGCACCAGCUCUGCUCUCAGGCGGAGUUCGCCAUGUUCAGCGGCACGCACGUGGAGCGGGACUUCGUGGAGGCACCUUCGCAGAUGCUGGAGAACUGGGUGUGGGAGAAGGAGCCGCUUCUCAGGAUGUCCCAGCACUACCGGACGGGCAGCGCCGCCCCCCAGGAGCUGCUCGAGAAGCUCAUCAGGUCCCGCCAGGCCAACACAGGCCUCUUCAACCUGCGCCAGAUCGUCCUGGCCAAGGUGGACCAGGCCCUGCACACGCAGACGGCCGCAGACCCGGCCGAGGAGUAUGCCCGCCUCUGCCAGGAGGUCCUGGGGGUCCCAGCGACGCCAGGGACCAACAUGCCUGCGACCUUCGGCCACCUGGCGGGGGGCUAUGACGCACAGUACUAUGGCUACCUGUGGAGCGAGGUGUACUCCAUGGACAUGUUCCACACGCGCUUCAAGCAGGAGGGUGUCCUCAACGGCAAGGUCGGCAUGGACUACAGAAGCUGCAUCCUGAGACCCGGCGGCUCCGAGGACGCCAGCGUCAUGUUGAAGCUCUUCCUGGGCCGCGAGCCCAAGCAGGACGCCUUCCUCCUGAGCAAAGGGCUGCAGGUGGAGGGCAGCGAGCCGCCAGCCUGCUGACGUGCCCAGGGGUCCUGCUGGCCCUGGACUGGGGGGCUCAGCCCCGCCCUGGCUCCCGCCGCCCCGGUGCCUUCGCCUCCCGCCGGGAAACAGGGCAGCUGGGUGACGAGGGGCGGCUGGUUCUGCCUGUACAUUCUCACGUCCAGUCUCCGCAGCCCUGCUCAGUGGCCGGCCUCG